UACGACGCCGUAAAGCAGCUCGGCCGAGCGGGUGGCAUCAGGUCUCGGGUGGCGGCGGUAUGGAGGCGCGCUUUACGCGCGGGAAAUCUGCUCUCCUGGAGCGCGCCCUGGUGCGGCCACGCACGGAAGUGAGCCUGAGCGCGUUCGCCCUGCUCUUCUCCGAGCUGGUGCAGCACUGCCAGAGCCGCGUCUUCUCCGUCGCCGAGCUGCAGGCGCGCCUGGCCGCGCUGGGCCGCCAGGUGGGCGCACGCGUGCUCGACGCGCUGGUGGCGCGCGAGAAGGGCGCCCGGCGCGAGACCAAGGUGCUGGGCGCGCUGCUCUUCGUCAAAGGCGCCGUGUGGAAGGCGCUCUUUGGCAAGGAGGCCGACAAGCUGGAGCAGGCCAAUGACGACGCGCGCACCUUCUACAUCAUCGAGCGCGAGCCGCUCAUCAACACCUACAUCUCGGUGCCCAAGGAGAACAGCACGCUCAACUGCGCCAGCUUCACGGCGGGCAUCGUGGAGGCGGUGCUCACACACAGUGGCUUCCCCGCCAAGGUCACGGCGCACUGGCAUAAGGGCACCACGCUCAUGAUCAAGUUCGAGGAGGCAGUCAUCGCCCGAGACCGGGCCCUGGAGGGCCGCUGACACGCACCGCUGGAGAUAAAGGAUGCGAGCCCCUCUCCA